AUGGCGCUCUCGCGUGUGCUGAUGCUGCUCGGCGUCCUGGCGUGGUCGUCGGGGACCAUGGCAGCCAAUGCUACCUUCAAAUGUACUAUCAAAAUCACAUAUGCUCAACCCCCCCGCGGGCAGUCACCAGACGCGGUCAAGUUCCAGGACGAUGCGAUUGUGCGAACAAAGGACGGCCGGCCCGUGCAGAUAAAGUCCGUCAGCUGGUGGGGUGUCAACGACAACGGAACGUCCGUGCUGGGAUCGCUGUGGUCUGGCGGCAGCGCAGCUGCAACAGACAUGCCGUCCAUCGCCUUCCAACUCCGGGCUCAGGGUUUGAACGGCAUACGUCUGCCCUUCACUUUUGAAGACCUGCGGGCGCCACCCAGGAGCAUGUGGGCGAAGCAGGGCUGCCAAAAGGUGACGCUCGGCGUUCCUUCGCCGCCUGGCGACGCUCCUGCAGCGCCUGCAGCCCCCGGUGGUGCGCGGUGUGCUUGGUACCUGCCCGACAGCAGCAGCCAGGACCGACUCUUGUGGACGCUGCAGUGGUUUGUGGCCAACGGGUUCUAUGUGCUUCUGGAGCACACCCCUGCGGGCAGCGAUGCGAUAAGCCGCAACGCUGCUGAGUUUUCGAGCGCGUGGCGGUCGCUCUGGCGGGCUGUGGCGUGCCUGCCCAACUUUGAGGACGAUCUGCAGGGGCGAGUGUUUGUGGGCCUGCUCGGGGCGCCAGACAUCACAGGGCACCGCUGGGAGGCCAGCAGGGGGCUCGACGGCGGCGAGCUGCCCGGCAUUACGGAGCUGUACCUUGACACCAUGGACGCCCUGUGGGAAGACACUCCCGCAGCUCUGACCUUCUUCAUUGCUGGCGCAGGCCAGGGCGGCGCCAGCACCUGGGGCAGCGGCUUUGUCACCGACAAGGCCAUCGUCGCGGUCAACGAUUACAGCGGUGCGCUCAGGCAGCCGAGCUUUGACCCGAGUACACAAACGGCUGGCGCAUGA